CGUAACAUGUCGGAACGACUGGUUUGCCGCCAUAUUUAUAUUCUUCGAACUUUCAAAAACAGUCUCUGGAAGUCAGUCUAACAGUCUAUAGACAAACGUUUCUUAUUUUUAUAUGCAAUGCCACGAGAAAUAAUAACUUUACAAAUAGGACAAUGUGGGAACCAAAUUGGAAUGGAAUUUUGGAAACAACUUUGUGCUGAACAUGGCAUUAGUGCAGAGGGUAUAUUGGAAGACUUUGCAACAGAUGGAACAGACAGAAAGGAUGUCUUUUUUUACCAGGCUGAUGAUGAGCAUUACAUCCCAAGGGCAGUUUUACUUGAUCUAGAACCAAGGGUAAUUGACACAAUAAUGACAUCCCCCUAUGCAAAUUUGUACAAUCCAGAAAAUAUUUUUACAUCAAAACAUGGCGGAGGAGCGGGGAAUAACUGGGGAAGUGGAUAUUCACAGGCUGAGCGACUACAUGAAGAAAUAUUUGACAUCAUUGAUAGAGAAGCUGAUGGGAGUGAUAGCCUUGAGGGUUUUGUUAUUUGUCAUUCCAUUGCUGGUGGGACAGGUUCUGGAAUGGGAUCAUAUAUGUUAGAAAAGUUGAAUGAUAGGUUUCCCAAAAAACUGAUUCAAACAUACUCAGUUUUUCCUCAACAAGAGGAUAUAAGCGAUGUGGUUGUUCAACCAUACAAUUCUAUUUUGACACUAAAGAGGUUAACACAAAAUGCAGAUUGUGUGGUAGUUUUAGAUAACACUGCCCUAAAUCGGAUUGCAUCAGACAGAUUGCAUAUUCCUAAUCCCACAUUUUCGCAAGUCAACCAAUUGGUUUCAACAAUCAUGUCAACAAGUACAACAACAUUAAGAUACCCAGGUUAUAUGAACAAUGAUUUGAUUGGCCUAAUUGCAUCUCUUAUCCCCACACCUCGGUUACACUUUUUGAUGACCGGUUAUACUCCACUAACAACAGAUCAAAAGGUAUCAAGUGUUAGAAAAACGACAGUAUUGGAUGUUAUGAGAAGACUUCUUCAGCCUAAAAACGUGAUGGUUUCAAGACUUCGAGAUAAGAAAUUCCAACAUUGUUAUAUUUCAAUACUAAACAUUAUUCAGGGAGAAGUAGAUCCCACACAGGUUCACAAAAGUCUACAAAGAAUUCGUGAACGAAAGUUAGCGGAGUUCAUUCCGUGGGGCCCAGCCAGUAUUCAAGUUGCUCUUUCACGAAAAUCUCCGUAUGUUCAAACAGCUCACCGUGUUAGUGGCCUUAUGAUGGCGAAUCACACUAGCAUUUCAACGGUAUUUGAGAAGAGUUGCCGUUUAUAUGACAAAUUGAGAAAACGAGAGGCAUUUUUGGAGAAUUAUCGAAAAGAACCCAUGUUUGAGGACAACUUGGAUGAAAUGGAUAACUCAAGGGAGGUUGUACAACAGUUAAUUGAUGAAUACCGAGCGGCAACGAAACCUGACUAUAUUUCAUGGGGAAUUAAACAGGGAACUGAAUUGAAAUAAGGGAGAUUGUUUUGAAACUGGACGACUAGUGCAAAAGAACUGAGUGAUUGGUAAAAAAAAACUGAUUGAAUGGUUCAUCGUGGUAUUAAGUAUAAAAUGCUGGAAAAAGAAGCAUUGGAUUGUUGUAGAUAUUAAAAAAACUUUUAUUUGUAUAAAAACUGGGCUACAUCAUUAUGCUGUGGGCUAUAUAUUGCAACGUAUUUGUAUUAAAUUAGGUUUAUUUCUGGUGAUGUCCACCCUUCCAGGUUAC